CAGUAUUCGUUGACUCCUCGGUGCGGUUACAUCGGCCAACAGUUUCAUAUCAAAUACAUCCACUUGCAUCUGCCCACAUGACCAUAAAAGAGACGAGUUCAGUGUUAAUUUACAUUUAAAGGGUGCUUCACCAUGAAACAUAUCCUCAUAUGGGUUCUAUCUGUACACUGUUUGGCAUCUUUAGCUCAAAAUGUACCUGAAACAAGUGAACAAAAAGACUUUCUAAACCAAAACAUUCACGGCACCGUUAUUCAAACAGAUGUCAAUGCGUUAGGUGAUGUCCAGGGUAAAAACUUCGAAAAUUUUCCCAAUAAAUUUAACGUAGAUGGCAGUCAAUAUCCUGAACCGUAUAAUAUAGAGUACAAAUAUCACAAUUAUGAAAAAAUGACUUCCUUUCUUAGGCAGACGACGGCUAGAUAUCCAGAGCUGACUGCUCUUUAUUCUAUUGGGAAAUCUGUCCAAGGUAGAGACCUAUGGGUGAUGGUGGUAUCAGCAUCGCCAUACGAACAUAUGAUCGGUAAGCCUGACGUCAAAUAUAUCGCUAAUAUGCACGGAAAUGAAGCUGUUAGUAGGGAACUGAUGCUACAAUUGAUCCACUAUCUAGUAACAAAUUAUUCGUCAGAUUCCUAUAUACGUUGGUUACUAGAUAAUACCAGGAUUCAUAUAAUGCCGUCGAUGAAUCCUGAUGGAUUUGAGGUUUCAAAAGAAGGCAAUUGCGAUGGAAGUCAAGGAAGAUACAACGCAAGAGGUUUCGAUUUAAACCGUAAUUUCCCAGACUAUUUUAAGCAAAAUAAUAAAAGAACGCAGCCGGAAACUGAAGCCGUCAAGGAAUGGAUCUCAAAAAUUCAGUUCGUUCUCAGCGGAAGUUUGCAUGGAGGAGCUCUAGUGGCAAGUUAUCCGUUUGACAGUACUCCAAAUUCUCUAUUCCAGAGCUUUUCAACGCCAUCUCUAACGCCAGAUGACGAUGUGUUCAAGCAUCUAGCAAUUAGCUAUGCUACCAAUCAUGGUAAAAUGAGCCGUGGAGUUUCAUGUAAAACUUCACGUACAGCGUUUAGAAGGGGAAUUACGAAUGGAGCAGAAUGGUAUCCAUUAACUGGAGGUAUGCAAGACUACAAUUACGUGUGGUAUGGAUGUAUGGAAGUGACCCUAGAAGUUUCGUGUUGUAAAUAUCCCCCCGCCCAUGAAUUACCCAAAUACUGGGAAGAUAAUAAACAGGCACUGAUAAAGUUUUUGGCAGAAGCACAUCGCGGUGUUCAUGGCUUCGUCAUGGAUGAAAGUGGAAACCCGUUAGGAAAGGCUUCCUUGAAGAUUAAAUCUAGAGACGUUGGUUUCCAAACCACGAAAUAUGGAGAGUUUUGGAGGAUAUUACUGCCAGGAGUAUACAAAAUGGAGGUUUACGCCGAUGGAUACAUUCCCAAGGAAGUAGAAUUUUUGGUAGUUGAACAACAUCCAACAUUAUUAAACGUAACUUUACAUGGUGCUAAGCCAUGGCAAUAUUUUGCCCCUCCUGUGACCUCUCCUCCAAAAACAAUUAUAUCUAACGACAACGCUAACAUUCCAAAGCAACCCAGGGACACUAUAUCGUUUCCUGCAGAUUAAUUGUAAGAUAGGAAAGAAGGCCAUUAUCAACCAUCCCCUCCGUUACAUAGGCCAGUGUUUCAACCUCAAGCAGAAGAAUCUGGUAUUCUAUCCUCAAUUUCCCACGGAUUCAAUAAUUUAGUAAAUUAUUUCGGAUAGUUUAUAAUCGUACUGCAAGAAAAUAUAUCAUAGAAAGGUUAUUAGAAAUAGGUGGUGUACAAAAUCAUCUAUGUUUUAGAUAUCCUUAAAUUUAGUAGGUUAAGUUAAUUUAUUUAUUGUUUUUAUUUAUAUGCACUGUUUUAACAGUUAAUACACGUUGUUACAUGUGA